AUGCCACUCUGUGCCGCUUGUUGCAUCACCAAAGGUUUUAACAAAUUUCACGGCGGACAGCGUCACUUGUUGCGUCCAGUGUGCAAGGAAUGCUUUCGCAUUGGGAAGAAGCCUGUGGAUCUCGGUGGCGAGCCCGAAGCAUUGCCGAUUCGAACUCAAGGUGACAAGAAAACCGCGAGUUUAGCGGAUUUUCAACUGCUUAGUGUCAUUGGACAAGGUGCAUUUGGAAAGGUGUUACUCGUGCGACACGCUACCACUGGAAAAGUGCAUGCAAUGAAGAUUAUCAGUAAACAGUUCGUCAUUGAUAUGGACAGCGUCCACUACAUGAAAACUGAACGCGAUGUCAUGACAAAGAUUCGCCACCCUUUUGUGAUCGGACUGCAUUACGCUUUCCAAACGGAGUCAAAGGUUUAUCUCGUGAUGGAGUAUCAACCAGGAGGCGAACUAUUUUCUUAUCUGAAAGAGGAAGGCACGUUCACCGAGGACGCCGCUCGCUUCUACCUAGCUGAAAUGAUUCUUGCGUUGGAGCAUCUCCACGGACACGGCAUCAUUCACCGCGAUCUGAAACCUGAGAACGUUCUCAUCUCAGCCGAAGGGCACAUAAAGCUGACCGACUUUGGUUUGGCGAAGGAGUACGUCGAAGGGCAGGACUUAUUGACAGUGUGUGGGACAAAAGAAUACAUGGCACCGGAAAUGCUACUUGGCAAGGGGUAUGACUCGGCUGUGGACUGGUGGUCACUUGGUGCACUUGCGCACGAAAUGCUGACCGGGAACCCGCCAUUUCGAUCGAAAAAUACUGCAGCCCUGCACAAAAAAAUUCUUUCAGCAAAGCUUCAAUUGCCACGAUGGCUAUCAGGUGAAGCGCACUCGUUAAUCAAGUCCUUGUUGGAACGCAAUGUGAGCAAAAGACUUGGCGGAGGCAAGUCCUCCAUGUUUGUGUUCAAGGGAGUACAGGCUUUGAAACGUCACCCAUUUUUCAAGACAGUAAACUGGAAGGAGAUGGAAACUCUUCGCAUCCCUCCUCCGAAAAUACCAAGCGUUUCUGAUGAAGCCGACACGAGCAAUUUUGACACGAAGUUUACAGAAAUGACAGCUUCAGACCUGAUGUGCGAGGCGGUUAUGGAGGGACACAGCAACUUGUUUCGGGGAUUCUCAUUUUGCCGGCAAGACAGCAUCUCAAACCCGCAGUCACCGAUCAAUACAUCAUUGCUACCAACCAUUGCAAGUCUAGUUCUCGAUGGUGACGAUAUCCAGGACAUCAAUGACGCUAUCGCUUCAGCAGCCAGCAAGCAGCCUGUUGUUUGGAUCUGA